GAGCGCGCUCUCGGCGUCUUCCUUUCGCCAGUCGCUGCGGGUUCGUCGUCGCGUGAUGGCGUCGUCGUCGUUGUCGUCGCCUCACCAGCCACUCUUCGUCUUCGCCUUCCUGUGACAAGGGCGCGAAGCCACCGCGAUCAGUGUUCCAUUCGUGUGCGACUCGCCGCCGACUCUCCUCUUUCUCUCUCUCUCUCUCUCUCUCUCUCACUCAUCUUUUUGCUGUCAGAGCUGCUGCUGCUCUCUCUGUCACGGCAAGUGAUGGCCCUGCGCGGGAGAAGCGGCAAGGAUGUCAAGAAAAGCUCGUACUACGUCUGGUAUUUGGGCGCGAGGGAGGCGAAAGGCGUCGACGCGAUGCCCGGUGCCAUAGAUUACCUCCUGGAGCGCGAACGUCUUCAGGAGCCUUUCAAGGUCACGCUGCAGGUGAGCAGCAAAGGUUUGAAAAUCAUUCAGACGAUUCAUCCCGGUGGCUCGACGCGUUCGGCAGUGAAGCAAUUAGUGCCAGGUCACGUAGUUCUCGCGGCGGUGCUGCGCGAGGACAUUGUCGCAGCCGCGCUCUUACUGCCCAACCCCGCGACCAACAAUCCCGUUCACGUUCACGCCUACAGAUGCGACUCAGUAGAGACAGCCGAGCUGCUCGGUGGGCAAUUGAAAAUCCUUGCGUCGCACUCGGAUAGUCUGGCGCGGCUUGGUUCUCUGGACACGAGACUGCGUAGCAACCUUGGCAGCGAUGGUCGGAGUACUCGAGAGAGCGAGUCGAGCGAAGGCAGCGCCGAACUGAGACACAUUGCGCCCAUUCAGUCGACCAGCAUCUACGAGUCUUUGGCCGCCGAGUUGAGGGCUAAGCUGGGUCGUGGUACGGACAACGAUGCAGGACCGAUCCUCUUGCCACCGCGCGACUACGACACCGUGCACCGUCACCGUGGCAACUUGACGGGUAUCGAGUUGCGACGCUGUCUCAAUCAGACGAUAGUCGGCCAGAACGGAGCGACCACCACCACUACCACGACCACGGCCAACGGCAACAGUGUCGUCGUAGGCGCUGGCACGCGUAGCGCUGCCAGUAGUGGCAUUGGUUCGGACAGUGCUGCAACUCCGCCACCCUAUCAAGGGCAUCACCAUCCAUUGGGUCCUAGGCCAACCAGACCAACUAGGGAUUCGUCGUCGGACGAAGACUGGGGAGCAGCGGUUGAGGAGCCGGAUUAUUUGAUCGAUCGGGAACCAACGAGCGUUUCUUUGCCGCGAUUGCCACGCAGCCCGGAACGCGUGAUUGCACCCGCGUCGCCCCUGAUCAAACCCAUACGCGGCACUUCGCCGAUCACGAACAACAACAACAAAAACAACAACAACAACAAUAACAACAAUAACGUGAACAACAGGAUGAGGAAGAGCGCUGAGCUUAGACAAAGAUCACCGAGUCCGCAAUAUCAACCGAGAUUGGCGCCUGGUGAGAGUCCGACAAGUCCCAGAGAGCGAUUUCACGAUGCUAAAGAGAUGUUCAGGCAGAUGGAGAGGGAGGCAAUCAUUACGAGGCCGAUCGUUGCCAAAAUCAACGGACGCACCGAUAAUAGACCAGUACACAGGUCAGAGCCAGUAUCGCGGCAAUCAUCUCAGUCGCACGAGGAGCCACCAGUCCAGGCACAACACGUGCAGCGUCCAAGUCGACAGCAACAAUUCGUCAACCAUCAUCAGCCAUUGACAGCGUCGGCGAGUCAGCAGCAGUUGCACGAGCGUUUGAUUCGCCGUGGCGCAAUGCCGCAUCAUCAUGUACCACCAGCACCCUUGGACGAGGAUGUCGAUGAUUACAGGUCGAGGUCAAGGCCUACUAGAGCCACUCAUUAUCAAUCAUCACCCGAUAGGCCAAUUCAAGCGCAAGACUCCGAUAGACCAAGACCGAGGAGCUUUUACGAGGUUCCCAUGGCUGCGAGGGAACUCAGGGGACCGAGAAACCCCAUCGACGCGAGAGAGGUACGAGAGUAUAUACGGGGACCGCCUGGCUUCAUGCGUGAGAAGCCACAGCUUCAGCUGCAACAGCGUCCAAGGCCCUUCACUUACGGCGAGCUAACGGACACCGAGCGUUACCCAGGACUCGAUCGUGAAAACGCGCGACCGGCCCUUGAGAUCGGCGCUAACCUCACGCCUGCCAGAUAUCGACACAGUUACGCCGAACCGGCGAGGCUUGGGCUGGCGGCGUUGCAUCCCUACUGAGUCCGCCUUUCGUGCGUUUGCGUGUGUGCUUGAACGAAAAUCAGUUUAUACCUUAUGCUUCGGCAAGAGAUGUCAUGACAACUUCCGAGUGAACUAGUGAUCGUUUUUCUAAUUGACACUGUUAUCCGAUGCAUAAUUGUGUUCUCAAAUAGAUGUGCGUUUGUUCGUUUAUUUGUUUGUUUGUUUUUUAUACGCAACGACUGUAUAAUAAUUUUAUAGCAAUCUGUUUUCUUUUCAUCAUUCGUAAACAAGCGUUUGAGCAUUAUCAUUCCCUCCUCCCUCUACUUCUUUUUUUUUAAUAGCAGUAUAUCAUUAUAGUAACGUACAAUUUUUUUCCCUUAACGACUGUAUUAAUGUAAAAGUUUACGAAUCGCAAUUGAAAUAUAAUGUUGCGUGUGUUAAAUGACUGGUGGGCGGAACAAUCUCGUGUAUUGUAUAAAAGACUAAUUUUUUGUUAAGACUAUUAUUUUUUAACUUUGCAAAACGAAACGAGAGGUGCACAAAGCAUUAGUCGAUGAACACGAUGAUGCGUUGUUGUUAGAUAUUUUAGGUGAUUUUUUUUAAGUGUCCUUUGCAUAUUUUUUUUGUUUAUUACGUUUUAUGUGUAAUGAUGUUCAAACUGUAUAACUGUGACUUCCAUACUGAACAUAUUUGAUGUGCGUGGCCUUAACUAACGAUUGUAUCAUAAUAAAAAAGGUUUGAUAAUUGA